ACUUGUCUACCAGAGGCUGUUCUUCCAUUUUAUGGAGGCCUUGCAUAGUUGCCUGACGACUGGGGAGCAGUCCGGAGGUCAAGAGCAUCAUCAGACAGAGCCUCCUCCCCGAGACUCUCAAUGUAAGUCUCCCUCCAAAUCCAGUGAGCAACAGCAAGCUGGCUCCCGAAAGCCCCAUGGCACACUUCAGCAAACCAAACAAUCCAGACGACAGCAUCAUGAACGUAAACGUCUCCGCCACCAGCGGCAGAGUGUCGACUCGGACACCGCACCGGAACCUAAACAUGAGGCAACAAAAACCUCUGCAGUUUCUAGUUCGUCACCCUCUUCAACAGUGGGGCCCUCCCAGUCUAAAUCGGAAACCCAGGAGGGAACCCCAAAACAGAAACGUGAGCGUAAGCCUCAGAGACCAGGCAAAUAUGUCUGCACUUACUGUGGUCGGGCAUGUGCAAAGCCUAGUGUCCUGCAGAAACAUAUUCGCUCCCACACAGGUGAAAGACCGUAUCCUUGCCCCCCAUGUGGCUUCUCUUUUAAGACCAAGAGUAACCUGUAUAAACACCGCAAAUCACAUACACACAGGGUUAAAGCGGGCUUGGCACUUGGGGAGCCGAGAUCUUUAGAGGAGCAAGUUACAGAGUCGGAAGAUGAAACCAGACAACUAUCAUCAGCAUCUUCCCUUGCAGAAAGACAAGGCAGUGUAGCCUCAAUCACGAGUCGUGAUACAGACAGGGCCAAAGAGUGCACUGGAGGAAGCGAUGACUCCUACGCAGUUAAAAAGAGACUAGCUCUGCGUCUUAGUAGAGGAAAACAUGGUCCUUGUGACUCAUCUAUUGAAAAAACUUCGCCUCUAAUUUUAGGGAGUAAAGGUAGUACAGAAUCAGGCUAUUUCUCUCGAUCUGAGAGUAUUGAUCAGUCACAGGACAGCCCCCCAAACACAAGUGCCAAAAGCUACGCAGAGAUCAUCCUCGGCAAGUAUGGACGUCUUGGACAUCUACAAAGGAUGUCUCGCCACCAUAACCAGCAAUCUUCUGGUCAAGAGGACAAAAGCAUCCCUUUCACGGUUCCGAAGAAGCAGGUCAUUGACCAUAUCACCAAACUCAUCACUAUCAAUGAGGCAGUGGUGGACACAAGUAAAAUUGACAGUGUGAAACCAAGAAGAUUCUCACUCUCAAGAAAGAAUAGUUCAGAGUCCCAGAAGAGUUCAACUAUAAAAGAAGCUCUCAUUAAUAGCCCUAAAGCUGGAGAUCUGGGCUAUAAAAACAGUGGCUCCAUCACCAUGGGAGUUCCAUGUGAAAAGUUUCACCAUCCAUCUGUUAAUGUGGAGCCCCCAGCUGGCCAAACAUCCAACUCCUCACUGGUGAGAAGUCAUUCAAUGCCGUCUGCAGCGACUACUUUUGACGCCUCCAGUGGUGCCACAAGUAAAUUCGGCCCAAGUCACUCGUUUGAUGAAAGACCGCAUGCAUCCCGUCGUUAUGGGAUGCUUCGACGGCAGCCAGCUAUUGAAAUCCCACUUGGUGCUGAGCUAACAAAAGAGGAACAUGAGGCCUCUCUUUCAUUUUACCCUGACAGCGUAACCACUGUGCCUGACCACAAGCAGAGUCAUCCACAGCCGUACGAGUGCGAGGCCUGUGGGACUGGUUGCAAAGAUUGGGAAGGUUACAAGAGACACAAGCAAAGCCUUUGCUUAGUGCAUCAUCCCAGAAAUGAGGUUGUAAUUAGUCAAAUGGAGUGUUCUCAGUUAAUGAACCACACGUUCAGAGCAGGAGCUUCAGCUCUACGAAAAAGAAGAAAAGAGGAGAGUUUUGAAUUUGAUGAUCCAUCAUCUUCUUUACCCUUUCCUGCUGUCUCGUUAGGACAAUGUAAAGAUGAAGGCAAAGUAGGCUAUGAAGGCCAAAGAAGGCCUACGUUGCAGACCUGCUCUGUAAUUCAACACACAAGUUCAUUUGAGAAACAAGAAUCAUGCAAUGAGAGUCAAGGCAUCGAGGCAGCAAAGAACUCUCCAGCUAGAGAGGAAUAUCAGCUGGUUCCUCAGGUGCAACCCCAACAACAGACAGCAAAACCUACAACCAGAAAGCUUGUUCGCCAACACAGUGUCCAGAUUCCUGAAAUACUGGUCACAGAAGAUUCAAAUAUGAGCACAGAGACGGGAACAGAUACAACCUCCCAGGCAAAAGUUUCAGAGAAACCUGAUGAAUUUCAGUGGCCACAGAGAAGUCCCUCACUUGCUCAGCUUCCUAUUGAAAAGCUUCCUCCAAAGAAGAAGCGCUUACGCCUUGCUGAAGCCGCCCAGUCCUCUGGUGAAUCCAGUUUUGAGUCCAUAUCCAUGCCCCACAGCCCUGGUCAGGACAGUAGCGCAUCCUACGCAUCCAGUCGUUCCACUUCCUUUGAGGAGUCAAGUCGACCAGACGUAGAGGUAGCAACAGCCACACCACUGAGGAGAUCAAGAGCUCCUCACAUGCUGACAGUUCCUGGGGUACAUCAGCACAGAGAAAUGAGGCGCUCUGCAUCUGAGCAGGCACCUCAUGACCCACAACCAAGUGUCCUGAUGGCAGAGACCCGCAGCAAGUCUUUCGACUACAGUUGUCUGUCUCCUGAGCGAACUGCCAUUGGCUGGAGGGACAGGAGGAAAUGUCUUCUUAUGAGACACAAUACGGUCCAAGAUCCAGAUGAAGAAGAGGAGGAAAAAUGUACCAAAACAAGCCAGAGUCCUGAUCACGGCAGCCCUAAAAAAUGUUCCCAAACAAGCCCCACUCCUGUGUAUUGUAGUAGGUCUCCUUCUUCACCUUUGUCAGGCGACACAGCUUUGCACAAUCCAGUUAAACUGCAAUGUAAAGAAAUGUUCUCUCAAUGGAAACUCAGUCAGAAUAUUCAGUUGACAGGCAGCACAGAACACUCUCUUGUCCAGUACCCAUCUGUACAUCCUUUAAAGGAAGAGGCCCCAAAUAUCCACGUAGGGGAUCCCCCUCCCCAUCUACCACAGCCCUACCCCACACAUGGACCAUCAGGGGCAGCUAGAGCUCGGUAUCUCCCCUUGUCCACAGGGCUGAAGCUCGAGAUUCCUUUACUACAUGAUGAUUACUCAGAUGUUCGAGUAAGUCACUCCCACCUCCACCACUCCAGUCCUCACAUCACUUCCAGUCCAGAGAUACUGAGGCCGAUCGCAUCUCCAACAGUAGCAGUGCGUCUCCAAACAGACACCCUCACCCUAGCAUGUGCCAUUUACACUGCAUUGUCUCAGUCUAAGUCCGCUAGGUCACCAGAGAAGGUUGACUUUCCUCCACAGAAUAUGAGUAUCCCAACAAAUGAAUACAGAGACAGUAGGACUUUAACUUCUGACCUUCAGUUGUGGUCUGACGAUGGCUUAAGGUUAUCAGGCACAGGAGGCAAUAAGCGCAUGCUUUCACCUUCAAACAGUAUAGAGAUUCCUCCUGAGUCACAGCAGCAGCAGAAAAGGGUCAAAGAAGAAGAGGAGAGGGAGGUGGGGUUUGUUGACAAGGCAUCGGUGGAAACACACACCCAAGACCUCAAAGGGGAUGUUCAGUCAUGUCUAGCCAGUGUUUGUCCACCCAACACACAUGUUGGACCCUCAUUCCCCAGUCUGAUGUCCAGCACCUGCAAUAGCUGGUGUUAUUUGAACUACAUUAAACCAAACCCAUCUACUCUGGAUGAACAGAAGCCCUCAGUGUAUUCAUCAUGGUCCACCAGCAGCUAUGACCCCAACCCACCAGGCCUCUCCAGCAAGACAGCUCUCUCUCUGCUACACAGUAAACAGAGGCUCAGUCCAACCAUCUACACCACAUCAUCUAUGUCAACCAGGAGUAUGGAGUCAGUGGAGCAAGUGGACAGCAAAAGACCAUGCUCUACUGAGGUUUACAACAGCCAGUCAUACUGCAGAGACCAGGAGGGAUCGAGGAAAGGACAGAGAUCAGUGGGUGACAACAGGUCAAAUAGAAAUGAGGAGAAGGACGAAGAGAAGACGGUGGAGGACGUACCCUCAUGCUCCACAGAUAGAAAACAUCCUGAUGUUUGGAUCUGUAGCAGAGGAUCAAAUGAGAAGCACGCUACCAGCCAAGGUGAAGGUGUGGGGAAGAGCAAGUGUGAUGAUUGUGUUCUACAAAAGGGAACCCAUGGCAUCACAGAAUCAUCACCAAACCCCUGCAAACCCAGUCAGGAGUCUUUGAAAGCCAAAGGAGUGUUAGAGGAUCCUUUAGUCCAGCCACAAACACAGAAAGAUCCAGAUUCAGAGAAGAGUGGACACAGUGUGGAUGACAAUGCAAAGGACGUAGACUGCAGAUGUAAUGAAGAUGGCAGAGCCAGGGUGUCUGAAAGUUCCCACACUGCUCCCUCUGUUGGAGAGAAGCUUUAUUCAGGCCCCCACCAGACGGAGCCUGAACCCCGUCAGUCCACCCCGCCUACCCCCAAAGAUUCCUCCCAGAAGACCUCUGCGAGCGCCAGGAGGGCGCUGUUUGCUCGCAGACGCCUUGAUGCUUCAGCAUCGACAACCUCCAGCGGGCCGCAUUCUCCUAGCACUCAAACCCUGAUCCCACCAAAGGAGCCAUCUCCACCUCGCAGCCCGUCACCCAGGCCUCGCCAGCCCCUCCUUCCCUCCUCCUCCUCCCUCUCUUCAUCCAGUUGUCAUGUCUCUUCAUCCACCCUGAGACCAGCCUCUCCUCUUAGAGGCCUUUCUCCUGUAAUUGUUCAGUCUGAUUCCUCUGGGCCUCCAGGUUCUCUGGCAAACACCUCUGCUCAAUGUUACGCUUGUCUUCACCCAAGAGACCGACCGUCUACAACAAGACUGACUGUGGAUGAGGUCGGUCUGACCCACAUCACCCCGCAUCCCACACGGCCCCGGGGGGCCCACAACCUCUUGAGUCAUCUCCCUCUGCACUCCCAGCAGCCUAGCAGGGCCCCGAGCCUACUCAUUCCCAUCGGGGGGAUUCACAUGAUUCAGCCCAGGUCCCCCCUCCCUAUGUACAGCCUGGUGAGCAGCCCCCCAGCAGUAAGAACCAACCUGGGGACCUCCUGGAGACUCAACGACACUCCAAAGGGGAGGUUUUCUCUGCUGUGGCGACAGGAUACUCUCAAAGAGAUGUCACCCAGCAGUCUAGCUGGCUCGCUGGACCCCGAGGCAUUAGAGGGGACGUCCAGGAGCGGCUUAUCAGACAUUUUACCGCCCAGAAAGAGUCACGGAUGCUUCAGCGUCCAACAACCUAAAAGUGCCGGGACUGAGAUGAGGCAUCCAGAAGUUGACAAAGAUGCACAUUUUAAAGACGGGUGUGUUUACCCGACGACCACCCAAGGCCAAAAAAAGGCUUCUUCCUCCCAGUGAUCGGAAGGAGAGUCUGAAGGGACAGUGCAAAAGAUUAGAAGUCCAAAAACUAGUCUGUUGUUAAAACACAGCACUGGUUUGAAGACUGAGGAUUAAAAAAAGGCAAGAGCACUUCAGCACCGCUUCUGAAUGACGCUGUUAUGUAAUUAUAUGAAUAAUAUAUACAGACACUAUGUUAGAUAUGCAGUAUGUUUUGUAAGUCUUUUUUUACCCUCUUGUUUGAUGUCAUCAUCGGUGUUAAUUUAUUUAUGUGCUAUUAUGCAAGUUCUGUACAAUAUGCAAGAGCAGCUGGAAUGAAAAUAGACAAAGUUUUAAUCAGUUUCCCUCUUAUCCCUGUAAUAUCGGCCAACAUAAUAACAGCCCACGAAUGUAAAAAACACAAACAAUACAGAUCUGCAGCUUUUAAUUUUAUAAUCCCACAAACUUAAUCCAUUUAGCAAAAAUUUAACAGCAGCUGCUGACUACAAGACACAAGUUCCUGCAAUUGUAAACGCUACAUUAGUAGAUAUUUGUUGGGGAAGGCAAGGUGAAAAUCUUUAGCUCUUGUAAUUUGGAUUUAUUUCUAUUUCACUCACCCAUUUUAUGAACUGCACAUGGCUUGUAACUAGUCCAGGGUAAACCCUGCCUCUAACCUUGUAUCAGCUGGGAUUGGCUCCACCCCCCAUGACCCAGAAUGAGACACGAUGAUCCUGAAUGGGCAUGCAUUUUAAGGGGUGUGCAAUAUAGUAAUUUGCACUUCAGAUAGACUUCAGAUAGACUUUUUCACAUACCCAUGGCAUGGGAAAUAUUUCACAUCCAUGUGAUGAGCAUGCACAAUCAGAACAGCAACAUAUAUGACAAAGUAGGCAUGUGCCCGACCCCCCAGAGCUCAACAUGCAUUCAUUAUUGUUCAAUUUCAGUGCAGUCUGUUGGUGAAACUAGCUCUUACUGAAGUCACUCAGGAGAUGAGCAAUAAAGCUUUCAGUAUUUUUUGGUUGUUUUUUUUUGCUGUUCUUUUAAUAAAAAAUGCUGCCCAAGUCUGAUAAAACUGCUGCUAAUGCUACAAUCCCCAAUUCCAAAAAAGUUGGGACACUGUAUAAAAACAGAACACAAUUAUUCGCAAAUCUCAAAAACACAUACUGUUUCACAAUAGAGAAGAAACAACAUAUCAGAUGUUAAAACUGAGACAUUUUACUAUUUCAUGAAAAAUAUUAGCUCAAUUUGGCAGCUACACAUCUCAAAGACAUAGGGAGAGGGCCAUGUUUACUAUUGUGUAGCAUCCCCUCUUCUUUUAACAACAGUCUGCAAACAUCUGGGAAGGGAGAAGACCAGUAGCUGGAGUUUUGGGAGAGGAAUGUUGUCCCAUUCUUGUGUGAUGUAGGAUUCUAGUUGCUUGAUUGGCCAAGAUCUUCUUUGCCAGACUUUCCCUUUUUCUGAUGCCCCAAAUCUUUUAUAUUUGUGAAAGGUUUGAACUGUAGGCAGACCAGUUCAGCAACCGGACUCUACACCUGUGAAACUAUGCUGUAGUGUUAGAUGUGGUAUGUGAUUUAACAUUGUCUUGCUGAAAUAUGCAAGGCCUUCCUUAAAAGAGACGUCUGGACGGGAGCACCAACCUCUGUGUACUUUUCAGCAUUGAUAGAGUCUUUCCAGAUGUGUAAACUGCCAACACCAUAGGCUCUAAUGCAACCCCAUGCCAUCAGAGAUGCAGGCUUUUGAACCAUGCACUGAUAUUAAGUCCCUCUCCUCUUAAGUCCACAGGACAUGGCAUCCAUGGUUUCCAAAAUGAAUGACAAAUUCUGAUUAAUCUGACCACAGAACAGUUUUUCAUCUUGCAUUGAUUUCUGGAAUUUUUCCUGAGCCCAUGCAGCGAUUUAAAGUACAGAAUCAUGCCUGUUUUUUAAUUGAGUGCCCUCUGAGAUCCUGACCAUCAGAUAUUGACUUUCAGCCUUGUCCCUGGUGCGCAGAGAUUUCUCAAGAUUCUCUGAAUCUUUUGAUGGUAUUGCAUACUGUAGAUGAUGGGUUAUUCAAAGUCUUUUUAAGGCAGUUUUUCCUCCUUAUAAACUUAGUCAUGUCACUGAUAUGUUGACAUUGACCUAAUUAGCUGCAAAAUGCUCCUCCAGCUCUUUUUCAUUGGUAUCACUUUUCCAGCCUUUUAUUUUCACAUCCCUACUUUUUUGAGAU